AUGUUAUCAAACGACUCGCCACUUUCAAAGGGUAGCGAGUUGGAACGAGACAAGAUGUCGUUCGCCCUCGGUGGCGAUCACAUCAAUACAAUGAAUAAUAAUCAGAAACAACAACAACAACAACAACAACAGCAACAACAACAACAACUACAACCUCCUCCUACAUUGAUACUCAAUAAUAAUGGAAACAACAACAACAAUAAUAAUAAUAAUAUGAUACCAUUCUCAUCAAUGGGUGGAAUGUUGUCUGGUUUGAACAAUAACAAUAACAAUCAUGUAUCAUCAAGUCCCAUGAGUAUCAAUGGCAAUACAUCAACAGACUCAUCACCCAAUCACUCACUACUCUUUGGCAUCGUUGACAAUCUCACCACGCCCAGUAGCGCCAAGUUCAAUGCAUCAAUCCAGGGAACAAGAUCAAAGGAUGCAUCAGCUAGACGAAGGAAACAUCAACAGAGUAAAUCACAGAGCUAUUCAAACUUUACAAACUUCAUGCCUGAUCUUGGCGUCGUUGGACUGCCGAUUAACAGUCAGGAGGAUCAGAGCGAGGCCGUGCUGGACUACUGCAGCGUGCUGAAGGACAGGCUGAAGCAACUGUCAUCACGCAUUCAAAUGGACAACACAGAGAUGGCUCACAAGGAUGCUGAGAUCGAGCUGAUGACUGGCCGUCUCAACAAGUACAACAACGAGAUCAGGGAGAAGGAGGAGGAGAACGAGCGACUGCACGAGCAGAUCAAUCAGCUGCAGAAGCGUCAGCACGACGAGAGCAUCACAAAAAACACGCUGGAGCGCGAGCUGGUCAACAUCAAGGACCAAUGGGUCAGUCCGCAGGAGAUUGAGGAUUGGAAGGAGCAGAUCGAGGACGUCUCGGUGGUGAUGCAUCGCAAGGACGCCGAGAUCGAGUCAUGGAUGGAGAAGGUGCAGCUGCAGGAGCAAAAGGUCGAAGCGCUGCAGGAGCAGCUGAGGCGUGAGCGCGAUCUCAAUGUGUUCUCACGGCAAGAGUCGGAGAACACCCAUCGCCAGAUGAAGCAAGAGCGCGAGAACUACUUCAGUCAGAUCGAGGAGCAGAAGGCACGCGCAGAUCGCGCCAAACUAAAGACCAAGUCCUGGAAGGAGCGACACAGCCGCGCCACAGUCGACGUGGAGGCCAGUCAACGCGCGGUCGACAAGAUGAAGGGCCAGCUGUCGAGCGCCGAGAUCGAGUCGCUCAAUCAUCAGAAGGAGAUCGACCGUCUGCGCCAGAGUCUGUCCGAGUCGAGCAAGAAAUACGACGAUCUGAGCAGCUCACAGCAAUCGAUGACGCAGGAGCUCAAGCAAUCAGAGGGCGAGCGUCUGGCCAUCAUCGGUCUGAUGAACAGGAAUGAAGUGGAGAUUGAAGAGCGAGUGUCGUUGCUGGUGUCCGAGUGCGCCAAGUCCAACGAGACGAUCGCACGCCUCAACGAGCGCAUUGGCGAGCUGGAGUAUCAAUUGGGAAGUGAGCGAUUGAGCAAGCGCGUGACCGCAAUCUCGCUCACCGAUGCCACCUACACAAUGUCCGAGAAGAACCUGAUCAAGCUGGUGCAGGAGAAGGACGAGGAGCUGCAGCGUCUCAACAAACAGGUGCAGCGACUACAGAUCGAUUCAAACUCAUUGAUGACGCGAUACAAGAAGAUGGAGGAGAACAUGAAUGAGAACUCAUCACAGCUGCAGUUCACCAAGAAGUCAUUGCGCAACUCUCGCAAGGAGUUGUCCAAGAUCACACAGGAGCUACUCAUACUCAGUGAUGAGAACUUCACCGAGAGCAUUGGUAGCAACACAUCGAUACUCAAACGCAAGUCAUUGGACCUAAGCGAUCUGUCAAGGAUCAUGCAAGAGUAUGAUGCUACCGCUGAGGCUGACAACAACAAUCAUGGUGUCAUGGACGACAAGAAUGAACAGGCACAAGACAACAACAACAACAGUGGAUACAUUGCGAGCCAACCUGUGACAUCACCUUUGAAACAGACACGUAGGGAUAGAGGCAAGUCGACGCCACCCGCAGUGCAGAAGCAACUUCAACAACAACUCCAGCAACAAAAGGAGACUGAGGAGGCCAAUGCCAAGGCCACCGCAAAGGCUACAUCAUCAUCAUCCAAGACCAAGUCCAAUAACAACGAUCAAAAGGCAACGACGUCGACGCCAAAGACUGUGGAGCAGGUGGAGGACAUGCUGGAAAGGGCACGUUCCGCCAACAUUGGUUAUAGACUGCACAUUCAAUUCUUGAACAAGGAGAUCAAGAUGCUGGAGAAGGACACACAACAACAGAAGGACUAUAACGCAACACUUGUGACUCGUUUGAACUUGGAGUUGGAGGAGUCACGCAGGACAAACGCACGCAUUAGAAAGGCAUUCCUUCAGCGAUUUGCAAAGGAAGACGACUCAAUCUUUCUCGACUACUAUACGAUUGCAGACAAGCAUCAUCCACCUAUCAACGCAUCUGUACAGAAGGAGUUGAUGUUACCCAUUACUCCUAUAUCCCCUUCUUUAUCAUCAUCUUCAUCUUCUUCAUCAUCAAUGGCAGAAUCACCAUCAACAUCAUCUACAUCAUUAUCACAACCAACAACAACAGUAUCUUCAGCAAUUGUCGACAAGGCUGUAAUUGUUGUUGCACCGAACGAACAAGAACGAGAACAAGCCACAUCAACAUUGGCAACAAAGACUUCAAGCAAUGGUAGUAGUAGUAAUACCAGCCCGACCUUCCUCAAACAACAGACCACAACAACUACAACAACGACGACAACUACAACUACUACAUCCAGACAAGUGGAUCUGAAUAGGCAAUGUAACAAAUGUAGCAAAGAGUUUGGAAUGUGGUCAAGGAAGCAUAAUUGUACAGCAUGCCAAAUGGUAUAUUGCUCGGACUGUUGCAACACCAAGACAAAGCUUUGUAAUUUCUGUACUACAACUCUACCUUCAUCAACUGCCGUAGCAACACCAACUCUUCCAACUAAUGCUCCACCUCCAUCCACCACGGCUCGUAAAUAA